AUGUUUGAAUGUGUGUUCAUCCCUGGUCACCAGGUCUACCCGGGAGAGCAGGCGUUUGCCCAGAUCCUGCUGCAGCAACAACAACAACAACAGCAGCAGCAGCAGCAACAGCAGCAGCAACAACUACAACACGGGCAACAACUUCAACAACAACAACAACAACAACAACAACAACAACAACAACAGCGUCAACACCCACAAAUGCAUGUUCAGCAGAAGCCGCAAGGCCAGAUCCCACAAGGAUACCCACAGGUCCCGCAAUACCAACAACAGGUGUUCUCUUCUCAACAGUAUCCUUCGACGGGCAUGACGCCACAACAGCAGCAACAUAUCUUCUUGCAACAGCAGCGUCAACAGCAACAAUUUCAACUUCAACAGCAACAACAGCUGUAUCUGCAACAACAGCAGCAACAACAACACCAGCUGCAACAGCACCCUUCACAACAACAGCAACAACUCCCUGUACAACAGCAACAACAACUCCCUGUACAACAACAACAACAACAACAGCAACAACACCAGCAUGCUCUCGGCUUUGCGGCGCCUGUCCAGUUCAGCAGCCCAACUCUUGGAUUCAGCCAGCCUUUGCAAUACGAUCCUGCAGGAACGUCCUUCACGAUCGACCAAUCGCAUCUGACCUCACCACCCAGCAGUCAAGCACACCUCCCCUCGCCAUCUCCCACACCAGCGCAGCUCGAGGCUCAAUCACACGCUCUCCAGAUGGCCGGCCAUACCAUGUCUUCGACAGAUGCGGCCCGACUGCGCGCCCAGCAAGCUUUGGCACAAUCCCAAGCGCUACAGACUCAGGCCCAGAUGCAGGCAAUGCAGGCAAAGGCGAAGGCUCAGGCCCAGGCACAAGCUCAAGCUCAGGCUCAGGCACAGAUGCAAGCACAGGCACAGGCACAACUCCAGGCACAGGCACAGGCACAGGCACAGGCACAGGCACAGGUACAACUCCAGGCACAAGCACAGGCACAAGCACAGGCACAGGCAAAGGCUAAGGCACAAGCUCAAGCUCAGGCAAAUGCUCAAGCACAAGCACAAGCUCAGGCUCAGGCUCUAGCCCACGCACAAGCGCAGGCCCACGCAAAAUUCCUGGCGCAUAAUCAGUCCUUAGCCCACAAUCAGGCGAUGCUCCAGCAGCCCCUCGGUUCUCCUCUUUCCAGUGUGUACUCGUCCAUGUCAAGCCCCGUCGCUCAGCCAACCUUGUUGAACGGAGCUGUUGCUACAGCAAUAUCAACUCCCUCGAUCCCCAUGGCUCCCGUCACUCCAGCAGCUCUCGUCACUCCAAUGGCACCAGUGGCUCAAGUGGCACCAGCGGCAAUAGUGGGACCAGCAGGAACCAACAAAACUCCAAGGCAACCCUCGACACGUGGCAAAGCUAAAGCAACAGGAGCCACGCGGAAGCAGGCAAACCAACAGCUUCAGCAUCAGCAGCAGGUAUCCAUGUCACAACCGCCACCUGCACAAGCUUAUCAACAGCCUCCCCCACAACAGUUUUCUGAGCAAGCGUUCUUGCAGCAGUAUCAGCAACCUAUGCAACAGCAACAAAAUCAACGAGUUCUCCCUCAACAGACGCAGGCACAUUCAAAACAACAGACAAAGCCCCAGAUUCCUCCUGUGAGCAAGAAACCGGCGACAACGAAGGUUUACAACAGCGACGACGACUCGGACUCAGACUCAGGAUCAUCGAGUUCGGGAGACGAAUCGUCUUCUUCUUCCUCGUCAUCUUCUGGGUCGUCAUCUUCCUCAGAAUCAGAGCAGGAGUUCAAGGGGAAAACGCCGCCGCCCGUCAAGAAGGCAGUGGGCAGGAAGAAGAAUGUUGUGAAGGCUGGGGGCACGGCCACGCGGUGGGCAGUGCCUUAUGAUCCGGUGUUGGUCCCCAUGGGUAGUAAGACGCUGGAGAAGAUUCUUGCCUGGAGGUCGAACAAUGGAGCUGAGGAACUGUUGAUCAAGCACAAGUUCUCGAGCUAUCUUCAUGUUGAGUGGGUGCCAAGGAAGCGGAUUGAGGAUGGCGAGCAUCUGGGCAAAAAUCGAGUCAAGAAGUUCAUGGAAAAGAAUGGGCAACAGACAGAUUAUGAAUUUUUCAACCCAGCGUUCACCAAGAUCGACCGCAUCAUUGACGAAGGAGAACUCACGACUGCAGAUGGGGAGAUUCAGAUCUUCUUCUUGGUAAAAUGGUGCAACACUCCCUACGACGGCUCAACUUGGGAGAAAAAGGACGACAUCAUGGGGCUGGAGCCGACCAAGGUCCACGAAUUUUACUCGCGCAAAAUCCAUCCCACCGAAAGUGCAGCCCGGCAGUUGCCCCGUCCACCACGAGGCGCAUUCCGGAAACUCAAGGAGUCGCCCAACUUCAAGCACGGGAACCAGCUUCGUCAGUAUCAGAUGGAGGGCCUCAACUGGUUGCUGGACUGUUGGUUCAAUGAGCAGGCGUGUAUUAUGGCCGACGAGAUGGGACUGGGCAAGACCGUUCAGUCGGUGACGUUCUUGAACGAGAUUCACAACACCUAUCACAUCCGCGGGCCCUUCCUCGUCAUUGCUCCACUUUCGACCAUCCCACAUUGGCAUCGCGAAUUUGAAGCCUGGACAGACAUGAAUGUGGUCGUCUUUCAUGGAAACAUCCCUUCCAGGAACUUGAUUGUCGACACGGAGUACUACUACAAGGACGUCACAGGCCAAAUUGUGCCAAACCUGUACAAGUUUGACGUCUUGAUCACGACCUACGAAAUGAUUGUGGCGGCAUCAGCACAGCUCAAGCCUAUUGCUUGGAGGGCGAUUGUUGUUGACGAGGCGCACAGGUUGAAGAAUUCGGCGUCGAAGGUGUCAGAGAUCCUCAAGACUUACAAUCUGGAACACCGCGUGCUUUUGACCGGAACACCCCUCCAGAACUCGCUGGAUGAGCUUUUUGCCCUUUUGAACUUUUUGGAGCCAACUCGCUUUGCAAACGAGAAGGUGUUCUUGCAGGAGUACGGCAACUUGAAGACGGCGGCAGAGGUUGACAAACUCCAGCAGCUUCUCAAACCCUUGAUGCUUCGUCGAUUCAAGGAGGACGUGGAAAAGUCGAUCCCUGUCAAGGAGGAGACCAUCAUCGAGGUCGAGCUGACGACAACUCAAAAGGCGUUCUAUAGGGCCAUUCUGGAGCGCAACUUUGGGUUCUUGAAGAAGGGAGGCGCUGCAGGACCGAGUCUUAUCAACGUGAUGAUGGAACUGCGCAAGUGUUGUAUUCACCCCUAUCUCAUUCAGGGUGCAGAGGACCGGAUCGUUUCAGAGAGGAACGCCAAGACUGCUGAAGCGCAAUACCAAUGUCUCAUCGACGCGUCUGGAAAGCUGGUUUUGAUCGACAAGCUACUCAAGAGGCUGAAGGAAGGCGGGCACAAGGUACUGAUCUUUUCCCAGAUGACGAGAUGUCUGGAUCUCUUACAGGACUAUCUUCGCGGACGCGCCUACCCCUACGAGCGCAUUGAUGGAUCCGUUCGAGGAGAUAUGCGUCAGGCAGCGAUCGAUCGAUUCUCGACCCUGCCAGAUUCGUUUGUCUUUUUGCUCUGCACCCGUGCCGGAGGAGUCGGAAUCAACUUGACGGCCGCCGACACGGUUGUCAUCUUUGACAGCGACUGGAACCCCCAGAACGACCUCCAGGCGACGGCGCGUUGUCACCGCAUCGGACAGACCAAGCCCGUUCAGAUCUACCGACUGGUUACCAGGAAUACCUAUGAGAAAGAGAUGUUUGAUCGUGCCAGCAUCAAGUUGGGACUGGACAAGGCGGUACUCCAGAAGAUGGACGUCAUGCCAAGCAACUUGGAUGAUCUCUCAGACAUGCCCAAGCCCCCAUCGUCGCUGAGCAAGAAGGAGGUGGAGGAGUUGUUAAAGAAGGGAGCCUAUGGAGCACUUUUGGAUGAUGAUGAGACGAGCGCCAGGUUCUGCGAGGAGGACAUUGACCAGAUCCUGGAGCGUCGCACAACUGUCAUCAAACACACAGGAAACGAGAAGGGCUCGGUCUUUUCCAAGGCCACCUUUUCAUCAACACCCAGCGGCGAGGAGGUCGAUGUUAACGAUCCCCAGUUUUGGGACAAGUGGGCAGAGCGCGCAAAGGUUAAUAUCCAGGAUAUCACAAGCAAGGACCAGCUGAUUCUCAACGCUCCUAGGAGUCGUCGACAGGUCCAGCGGUUCGGCAAGGAACAGGGCGAUUCGGACUCGGAGGAUCGGGAAUAUGUCUCUGACCCGGACUUUGAGGAUGCAGGAGGCGAGAAGGACGUCAAGGACGGAAGCAAGAAGAAGGAUGCGCCUCGACCCUGGAGCAUGGCCGAGAGGCUGAUGUUUGAGCGCAAGCUGAUGAUCUACGGCUAUGGUCGCUGGGACCAAAUGCACUUCUUCUUUCCUCGCAGGACCGAGAAGGAACUCAACGCCGUCGGCUAUUGUAUGAUCCAGCAAAUCCUCCGGGACACGGCUGCGAACGCCUCAGGAUCCGAGGACGAUGUCAAGCUGAUUGAAGAGAUUGAAGCAGUGCUGCUGGAGAACGACGCGAGCAGCGGUUUUGAGCCGCCCUCGACCAACGACAUUCCAUUCGAAAAGGCGAGCAAAAAGGCCAUCGCCGAGUUCAAGUCGUUCUUGUUGGAGGCUUCGCAGGAAUAUGUCGACCACAUUCGCAAGAAGGGCCGCAACCUGGUACUCAGAGUCCAGUUGAUUCAUACCAUCCGGAGCCUUAUUCCUCGCGACUGGAAUGCGGCCAAACUCCUGGAGAUCCCAACAGUGUCCGGUGCGCCCCCAGCUACUUGGUGGGGAGAUUUCCAUGACCGGGAUUUGAUGCUUGCCAUCAUCAGGUACGGAUACUUGGUCACCGAGGCGCAGUACGAGGCAGUCAGGAGUGACCCCGAGUUUUGUUUCUAUGGCAGACGGUACGAUUUGGCUGCCAACCGAGAUGCCAAUGACGACGAUGCCGGUGAAGGAGCUUCUCGCAUCGCCGACUAUGGAGCCGGUAGCUCGAGCGAAAUCCUGCCCUGGCCAUCGAAAUCCGAUAUUGGCCUCCGCCUGAGACGCAUCAUUUCGGCACUCCAGCGCUCCAAUCAGGUCGAGGCGCGGAAGAACAACAUCGCUGAGAAAGACAAAUCCAAGGAGCGCCAGCGUCAGGACCGUGCGCGACAGCGUGAGGAGGCAGCUCAGGAGAAACGCCACCAAAAAGUGAUAGAGCUGGCGUCUCGAUGGACCAAGAAAGACAAGAGCGAUUUCUACAGGACCAUCGUCUCCUUUGGAGUUGCUCGGAGACACGCAGGCACCCGCGGCGAUGGGGGAUCAGUCCCUGGAACACCCGCCAACGGCUACAACCGGUCACGCCUGGCUUCCAGCUCAACCAGCCGACGCCCACCACCACUCGCUCGGAACGCCCACUCUACUCUGGAGCAUGACUGGACUCGAUUCAAGGAGUUGUCAGGUCUGAGCAAGAAGCCAGAUGAGGUCAUGGAGGAGUAUUAUCACCACUUUGUCAAGCUCUGCCAGCAGGUGGUGGAUAAGAACAACAACAGCCUCCAGAACCGUCAUAGUCGAGAGUCGAGCUUAUCAUCCACCCACCCCAAGAUCGAUACUUCGACUGCAGGCGACGACGACGAUGACAAGGAUGACAAGGACGAUAAAGAGGAUGGCGCUGGAGAUUCCCUUCCCCUGGAUCGUGCCAAGAGAGUUCUCAAGCGUGUUGAGCUCAUGAACGUCAUCCGAGAUGAAAUCUUGACCAACCCAAGGGUGGAUGAGCUUUUAGGUGCAGGAAGACGUUCACCUGGACUGCCGAGUUGGUGGUUGGCAGGUGUGCACGACAAACCGUUCCUGGAAGGUCUGGCGAAACACGGUAUCAACCGACAGGACCUGAUUGUCACAGACGAGUCAUUGCCGUUCGCCGCGAUCAAUCAGCACUAUGCAACACUCCAGAAGGAACUGCGAGAGAAGAAGAAGAUUGCUGCCGCCAACGGCGAGAACAUGGACGACACCGUGAAGCAGGAGGAAGACGGCGGUGAGGAUCUAGUCGAGAGGGCUGUGAAGGCGGCUGCGCUUGCCGAUCAGAUCGACGGGCCGUCGUCGUCAUUGAAUGGCGCUGAUGGUGAGGACUUGAUGGGUCCUUCGCUUUUGGGUCACGUUGAGGGGAUCGUUGGUGAGCAUAUGUCGACUGUCAAGACGGAGGAAGAGAUCAAGGUCGCGCUGGUUUCGGGGCCAAUCAUGGAUGACGUCUCGCUAUCGUUCAUCCAGGAUACCAAGGAUGUUCUCAGCAAUGGUGGCACGGCUUUGGGUAAAGGCUUGGACAGGCCAGCUCAGGGGCUUAUCGGCGUGAAUGGCGUUGAAACUGCGGAGGCGGUAACAACUCCUGACAUGAACAAGUCCCUUCUCUCAGAGUCGACUACCGUGAAGUCAGAAUCGACUACUGUGAAGUCAGAAUCUCCGAGCGUCGCCACAGGUCAAGCACCGUCAGGAUCGGUUACCAAGGACAGGAAGCCUACUCCGCAACAGGAAUCCGACGAGUUCGUUUGGCCCAAGGAAGCCGUGGUCUUGCGCCGAGUGGACCAUCUGAUCGACAUUGUCAUGAACCCUAAAGCGGUUGUCGGCAAAAAGCGCAAGAUGACGGCUGCUGCUAUUCCUUUGAUCAGCAAUGACGUGGGGUCAUCUACCGCCAGCUCGGGCAAGAGGGCGCUGUUGGAUCGAGAUUUCGGCAGUGAUGCAGGGGACCGCAGUGACCAUGGCGAGGAGACCGCUUCAGCAUAUUCGAUACCGCCGAGCCCCAACAAGAAACCUGCUGUCGUUAAGAAGGAGAAGUUGGCGAAGAGGCCAAAGGAGCAGGUGCAGCCGGAGAUGGAGAAGGAGAAAGAAAAAGGGAAGAAGGCGAAGGUAUCGGAGCAAGUUUUGGUGAAAGGAAAGAAGGACAAGAAGAGGAAAGGUCAGACCGAGGAGGAGGAUCAAGCGGAGAAUGAGCCGGUGACGCCUAAGAAGAAGAGGACCAAGACCAAGGCCUCGCCCCCAGAACUCACGACAAGCGCAUCUCUGGUGACCAUCUCCAGUGAGACCAACGGAACAGGCCCAGACGGAUCAUCCUCCAAGCAGUCGGGACUGAAGAUAAUGAUCAAGCUCAAGAUGCCUUCUCUCGCUCCCCCUGCCCAAGUGACCGGUCCAUCCGAUGCAAAGUUGAAGGGCAAGAAACCCGAGGCAAAGGCCAAACCAAAGGCCAAGUCUGUCAAGGAGCGCCCCCCGGCUGCUGCAAAGCCCAGUAAGGACGACAAGACUCCGCCUACCAAGAAGCCUGUGGCCGAACGCAAGAAGAAGGAUGUCGAGUCGAGUGGAAGCGAUACGGAUGAGAUGAUGGCCAUCGCGAGCAAACAGCUGAAGUACCUGCAGCGCAAGAUCCAGGAGAAAAAAAAGAUGAAGCGCACCUCCAGUCCACAGUCGUCCAUCCGCGAUGGCGGCAAGUCUUCCAAGGCCAAGGCUCCUCCUGUCGGCGGCUCGAUCCAAGAAAACGCGUCUGUGGCCAAACCUCUGAUUGACCGAUACUCGAGGUCGCCAUCUCCUAGCCAUCUGGAUUCUGGAUCUCGUCGCACUAAGUCAGCGCAAAAGUCCGCUGCAGGUCGUCAAAGAGGCCGUUCAAGAUCAAGAUCCUCACGGUCGUCUUCGUCCUCUCGAAGCCGAUCUUCUCGCUCCAGCUCUUCAUCAGGAUCGAGCUCGUCGUCCUCGUCAAGGUCGUCGCCUUCAUCCAGAUCCCGUUCGUCCUCAGGUUCUUCCUCCUCGGGCUCCGACUCUGAUUCCCGUCGUCGUCGUCGAAACCGUGGCCAGCAGAUGAGAGGUCGUCAAAGGAGAUCUAGCGGCGGGUCGAUUCGCCGAAGACCGCGUUCCAUGUCUCGCUCACGUUCCCGUUCCUUCUCAAGAUCCCGGUCAAGGUCUCAUUCGCGCACCCGGUCUCGGAGUAGGUCUCUCAGCCGCUCAAGAUCUAGAUCUAGAUCUAGAUCCAAGUCUCCUCGUCGACCUUACUCUGGCCAUGAGAAAGACCGCAACCCACAUCCGGACUCGAUGGCAGCAUCUUCCUCUGGUUCGGUCAACCAGCAACACCAGUUACCUCACGCUCAUGGAGCGCACCUCAACGGCGUCGGUUCUUCUAAUGACUACCACCACACAGCUUUUGCAGACCAGCACCAACAACAGCAGCUGUCGGUUAGCGUGAGUGGUAAAUCGAACGGAAAGAAGCGCGGCAAUGACGGUAAUGGCGGAUCCAAGCGACGCGAGGGCUUCAUGGACGACGAGCAGUUUGAAGAUGACGGGUACUACCACAAGAACAGCCGAGGAUGA